CGUGUAUUGAACUUAGUGUUUGUGUUUUGCUUUGGAUUUUUGUUUUGUAUUUUGAAAAUCUUUUUGACAUUUAUUCGCUAAUUGUUUGAAAUGUGUUUCAAAUCUAAUGUUCAGAUAAUGUGACUAAAGUUUUCACACCAUUUCAGCCAUUGAUUGUCACCUCAAUUGAUGCCCUAUUUAUUGAUAUGAUAUGAUCGCCACAAUUGUCUGCCAAACGGAUCCCAGUAUUUGAGUUGACGAUCGCAUUGACAGCCAUUUGGUGAGCCAUACGUACCAUCGAUGAGAUGAUGAACGAAGACAUCGGUGACGAUAAGAAGGCUUCGGGACAGUCGUCGGCCAAUCAUAAGUUCACUCUUCAGGAGAGGAUUGAAUUAAUAAAAAUCUUUUACAGCGGAAAGUCUCUCAAACAGACGGCACGUGUGUUCGCCGAAAGACAUCCGGAUUGCGAUCAUUUGCCCACUUCUUCGGGUAUCACACGACUGGUCCGCAAGUUUGAGACGACAGGCUCAGUUCUCGAUAAGCGAAUCCCCGGCCGCCCGAAGACCAGUCGCGUGCAGUUGUCGGCCAAGCAGUCGGAGAUCAGUGCGUGUGAUUGGCCCGGAUGUCAGUACGUGAGCAACAAGAAGUGUAUGGCUAGACAUAAGUUGGUCCACAAGACUGAGCGCGACUUCGAGUGCGAUUGGCCCGACUGUCACAAGCGAUUUAAGUCGAGUCUCAGUCUUAAGAACCACUUACGCAUCCACUACGACGACAAGAGGUAUGCUUGCAAUUGGCCCGGAUGUCAGUACCGGUGCGUCGACUCCGGCAAUAUUCGCAAACAUAAGAAAAUACACGAAAAGCAAUUUCGCGGUCUUCUCAAGCCCGAUGUGUUUAACCUCAAGACUGAACUCAAGACCAAAUCCGAUGGCAGUUCCGAAGAGAAAGAAGAUAAUAGUAUCGGCUUUUGA